CUGCUUAAGCAGAUGACAGUUCUAAUUGACUAUCCGUUUACAAGUGAUCACCUUUAAAAAGGUCCUGCUAUCGUCGACUUUUCAGAAUUUCAACCAGGGAUCAGAAUGCCUUCCAUAUUCCUAGUCCCCAUUUGUCUUCUGUCCAUACUGUGUGGAUUUCAGUGCCAGCCUAAUAAGACUGAGAAACAUCAGGACCUCUAUUCCAAUGCGGAUACAUUAGAAAUCCCAGCUAGUCUAAAGACUGGUGUGAAAGAAGUGAUUUUUGUUGGAACUGGUAUUUCAGAGAUCAAAAAUGGGGCCUUUAAAAACAACUCCCAGCUAGAGAAGAUCAGCUUUCUUAACAAUCCUAUUGUUUCAAUAGAAACAAAUGCAUUUGAAGGUUUAGACAGCAUUACAGAUAUUGAAGUUUUAGGCAGUAAAUUGCAGUUACUACCUGUUGGUGUUUUCGACCACGUUAAAACCCUGGAAACUCUCAUAUUAAAGAACAACAAAAUCAACACAAUACAGAAAGGCUUAUUCAAUGGACUUACACAUUUGAAAACGCUUGAACUGCACAUGAAUGCAAUCGAUUCACUUCCUGAAGAAAUAUUUGAUCAGCUUGAAAAUCUUGAAACUCUUCACCUGGCCAAAAACCAUAUAACCUGUGUUUCAAAAGAUAUUUUCAAUAAACUUCAUAACCUUAAAAAGCUCCGACUUUACGAGAACGACCUCAGAGCUGUUCCUGAUGGCAUCUUUGAUAACCUGCCCAAUUUGACUGAGAUUGCACUGCAACACAACAAGAUCAAGACGUUGCCUCCUGGUUUAUUUUCACAAAAUACAAAUGUAGAGAAGCUGUACAUGGAAAAUAACUCCAUUUCACAGUUACCGUUAGGGAUUUUCUUUGGUCUUCCUAAAAUCAAAUAUCUAAAGAUUGAUAAUAACCAACUAACAAAACUGCCUGAUGUUCUUUUUGGAGCAAUGCCCAAACUGACUGAUCUUAAGCUUUCCAGCAACGCUCUCAUGACUCUCCCAGAUGGGAUCUUCAGCAAUCUCACCUCUCUAAAGAAACUGGCUCUGUCUAACAAUCACAUUACUCAAUUGACAAGCUCCGUUUUUGAGGGGCUGCAAAAGCUGACGGACCUAGAUUUACAAAAUAAUAAUCUGAAGUCCUUGGACAGCCAGACAUUUGUCCUUUUGCCCAAACUCAAAAAAUUAUCACUAAAUGGUAAUCCGUGGAAUUGUGACUGCAAUUUGAUCAAUCUCGUCAACUGGAUAAAAGCAAAUCCGACAAAGGUCAAGUCAUCUGCAUCUGGGACUUGUGAAAGUCCUGAAAAUCUGAAAGGCAAAGCCUUAAAUUCCUUAACAGAAGACCAACUCAUUUGUCCAACUACUCCUGUUGUCAUCACCACAUCAGCACCUACCACCACGAUAGCCUUCACAACUACAGUAAGUACUACAGUUCCUGCCACUACCAAGAUCGAGACUACAUCACAACCAACAACAGAGGAAGACACAACCACCAUCUUGACUACCAAUGAAGCCACACCCACUACCACAAUGAUGCCAACCACACUGGCAACUACAACCGAGCAGCUCACAUCCACAGAGCCAACAACAUUAUUUACAACCUCCACAGAGCUUGAAACCACAGUUCAGACCACCACGGAGAUGUCAACCCCAAUGAGUACCACCGAUGCAGAAACCACAGCCCUGCCAACAACUACAGGGGCCUGGACAACCACAGCCCUAACAACCUCCACCCUGCCAGAAACUACAGAGCAAACAACUACCAUUGUAACAACGGCAUCACCAACCACAACUACAGAGCAAACAACUACCAUUGUAACAACGGCAUCACCAACCACAACUACAGAGCAAACAACUACCAUUGUAACAACUACACCACCACCACCAACCUCAACUACAGUGGCCUGGACAACCACAGCCCUAACAACCUCCACCAUGCCAGAAACUACAGAGCAAACAACUACCAUUGUAACAACGGCAUCACCAACCACAACUACAGAGCAAACAACUACCAUUUCAACAACGACAUUACAACCAACACCGCCACCACCACCACCAAUCACAACUACAGUGGCAUGGACAACCAGUACCCAGCUUGAAACCACAGAACUAACGACUACCAUUUUAACAACAAGACCAACACCACCUCCGAAGACUACUCUAACAUGGACAACUACCCAGCCAGAAACUACAGAGCUAACAACUCCAAUUUAUACAACACCAACUACUACAAUAUCCUGGACCUCCACUGAUCCUGAAACCACAACAUAUUUAACUGAAACAACAAGUAUUGCCCAGUCAACCCAGACCAUACAGCUCCCAAUAACAUCUGAUUCACAAUACAGUUUGGAUACUUGGGCAGACAUAUCCUACUGCAAGAUGAUGCUGAUAUCAUAUACAGCAAUGGUGGUGGUGGAAAUCUGCUGCACCUUGGUCCUGGCAAAAUUUGUAUACACACUUUACCAGUCCCUUCAGUUCAGAGGGAAAAUGUAUGCAAAUGUCAAUCUCACACAUUUUUCAUACAGGAAAGAGCUGAUACUGCAACCCAAGAACUAGAGACAAAUAAAAAAUGUUAUUAGCUUUGUAGCUAUUCAACAAAAUUAUAUAAAAUGUCUUAACAGUAGACACGUUAAAGCAUGUGUAAAUAAAGAUCCUGAAAUUUACUUUAAA